AUGCCGGUGAUCGACAAUAAACCUGGCCUUGAUUCGGGUGCUGCACUGAUGGAUCAUGGCCCUCAAGCUCUGCACGACCACGUCUCAACGGCCUUCGAGGCUGCAAUGGGUCGGUCGCUGCCGCAGAUGGAGGUGCGCUUCAGCAACUUCUCCAUAUCGGCGGAUAUCGUCGUGGCGGACGAGAACGACACGACACACGAACUGCCGACGCUGUGGAACACGCUCAAGAAGAGGGCCACGAAGAUCUCGACGAAGAACGUCGUGCGCAAGGAGAUCCUCAAGAGCACGAGUGGCGUGUUCAAGCCGGGCACCAUCACGCUCAUACUGGGGCAGCCUGGCUCCGGCAAGUCGUCGCUUAUGAAGGUGCUCAGCAGCCGCUUCCCCGUCAACAAGAACGUCACAGUCGAAGGCGUCGUCUCGUUCAACGGCGAACAACAGGAGACUGUAGCCAAGCGCCUGCCGCAGUUCGUGUCGUAUGUGCCUCAGCGUGACAAGCACUUCCCGCUGCUGACCGUCAAGGAGACGCUCGAGUUUGCGCACGAGUUUUCGGGUCGACAAGUGGUGGCUAACAACGCCGACCAACGAUUCACCAAUGGGACAACCGAGCAAAACCUUGCUGCGCUGGACUUGUCCAAAGCCUUGUCGGACCACUACCCGGACGUCGUGAUCUGCCAACUUGGUCUCGAGAACUGCCAAGAUACGGUCGUCGGUGACGCGAUGCUGCGCGGAGUUUCGGGUGGAGAGCGGAAGCGCGUCACGACGGGAGAAAUGGAGCUUGGCACAAACCCUGUAACCUUCAUGGACGAGAUCAGCACCGGCUUGGACAGCGCGGCCACGUUCGACAUCAUCAGCACCCAACGCAGCGUGGCCAAGAAGCUGAACAAGACCGUCGUGAUUGCACUGCUGCAGCCAGCGCCGGAAGUUUUUAACCUCUUCGACGACGUGAUGAUCCUGAACGACGGUGAAGUGAUGUACCAUGGACCUCGUGACGAAGUUGAGGGGUAUUUCUCGUCGAUGGGGUUCGUCCGCCCUCCUGGACGUGAUGUAGCCGACUUCCUGCUGGAUCUUGGUACCAAACAGCAGCGUCAGUACGAGCGCGCGCUUCCGGUUGGCAUGACCAACUUCCCUCGAGCGCCGAGUGAAUUCGGUACAAUUUUCCGGCAGUCGAGCAUCCACCAGGAGAUGCUUCGUGCACUUGAACAGCCUCUAGGCAAUGGCCACAACCUCGACGAUAUGGAUUCGAUGCCCGAGUUCCAGCAGUCGUUCUUGAGCAACACGAUGACGCUGAUGCGGAGGCAGGCGAUGCUUACGAUGAGGAACACGGCCUUCCUACGAGGUCGAGCGAUCAUGAUCGUCGUCAUGGGGCUCAUCAACGCCUCGACCUUCUGGAACAUCAACCCGACGAACGUCCAAGUGGUGCUGGGGCAACGCGGCGCGAACUUCUACCGGACUUCGGCCUACGUGUUGUCGUGCUCCGUGGCUCAGCUCCCACUCGCUGUUGGGGAGAGCUUGGUGUUCGGAACUCUGAUCUACUGGAUGUGCGGCUUCGUGAGCUCGGCUGAAAACUUCAUCAUCUUCAUGGUGCUGAUCAUUAUGACCAACAUGGCGUUCGCUGCGUGGUUCUUCUUCGUCACAGCAAUCGCGCCGGACAUCCACAUCUCCAAGCCCAUUGCAAUGAUCUCGGUGGUCUUCUUCAUUCUCUUCGCUGGCUUCGUCGUCUCCAAGGACCAGCUACCGGACUUCCUGGUGUUUCUCUACUGGCUGGACCCCAUUUCGUGGUGCAUGCGGGCGAUGGCAGUGAAUCAGUACCGGUCCUCGUCGUUCGAUGUGUGCGUGUACGAAGGCGUUGACUACUGCGCGCAGUUCGGCAUGAGCAUGGGCGAGUACUACAUGUCGUUGUUCGACGUCCCGUCCGAGACGUUCUGGAUCGUAUGCGGCGCGAUCUUCAUGGGUAUCGGCUACAUCGUCCUCGAGCACAAGAGGUACGAGAGCCCAGAGCACGUCAAACUCUCCAAGAAGAACGCAGCUGCGGAUGAGGACAGCUACACAUUGCUGGCUACACCCAAGCAAGAGUCUUCACAGACGACACCUUUUGCCAGAAACUCGACGGUUCUCGACGUCAAAGAGCGAGAAAAGAACUUCAUCCCCGUGACGCUCGCCUUCCAGGACUUGUGGUAUUCUGUACGCUCCCCGACCAACCCGAACGAAUCGCUCGACUUGCUCAAAGGCAUCAGCGGAUUUGCUAUGCCAGGCUCCAUCACUGCGCUCAUGGGCUCUUCUGGCGCUGGGAAGACGACGUUGAUGGACGUCAUUGCCGGCAGGAAGACGGAGGGCACGAUCAAGGGCAAAAUCCUGCUGAACGGCUACGAAGCGACCGACUUGGCCAUCCGACGAUCGACGGGGUACUGCAAACAAAUGGACAUUCACUCCGAAGCUGCUACGUUCCGAGAAGCGCUGACGUUCAGCUCGUUCCUUCGCCAAGACAGCAGUAUCCCGGACAGCAAGAAGUACGACUCGAUCAUUCGUGGCAGCUCCGUGGAGCAGAUGAAGCGCUUGACGAUCGGCGUGGAGUUGGCAGCACAGCCCUCUGUGCUCUUCCUGGACGAACCGACGAGCGGCUGGGAUGCACGCUCGGCCAAGAUGAUCAUGGACGGUGUUCGCAAGGUGGCCGACAGCGGACGCACCAUUGUGUGUACGAUUCACCAGCCAUCGACAGAGGUCUUCAUGUUGUUCGACAGUCUGCUGCUACUGAAGCGCGGCGGCGAGACCGUGUUCUUCGGCGACUUGGGGGCUGAUUGCCAGCACUUGUGUAUCGGAGCUGGAGUCGGUCACACGUCGACCAACGACGUUGACUUUGUGCAGUAUUUCAACGAGAGCGAGCAGAAGCGCGUGCUGGACUCGAACUUGACGAAAGAAGGCGUUGCAUUCCCGUCGCCUGACGUUCCUGAGAUGAUUUUCGGUCGGAAGCGAGCGGCGUCGUCCUGGACCCAAGCUCAGUUCCUUGUGCUGUGCUUCAUGCGCAUGUACUGGCGCACGCCGUCGUACAACAUCACUCGGUUCAUCAUCGCGCUGAUAUUGAGCGUGCAGUUCGGCUUGGUGUUUGUGGACUCCGAGUACAAGACGUACCAAGGACUCAACGGCGGUGUUGGGAUGAUCUUCUGCGUUGCGCUCUUCAACGGCCUCGUCUCCUUCAACAGCGUACUCCCCAUUGCGUCCGAGGAGCGCGCUUCAUUUUAUCGAGAACGCUCAGCGCAAUGUUACAAUGCGCUCUGGUACUUCGUGGGCUCGACCGUGGCGGAGAUUCCGUACGGCUUCGCGAGUGGCCUGCUCUUCACGGUGAUCUGGUACCCGAUGGUGGGCUUCUCGGGCUUGGGCACAGCUAUGCUCUACUGGAUCAACAUGUCGCUCUUCAUCUUGGUGCAGACGUACAUGGGCCAGCUCUUCGUGUACGCGCUCCCGAGCAUGGAGGUGGCGGCGAUCAUCGGCGUGCUGGUCAACUCGAUUUUCAUCCUAUUCAUGGGCUUCAACCCGCCAGCGAUCGAGAUCCCGAGCGGCUACAAGUGGCUGUACGACAUCACUCCGCAUCGAUACGCUAUCGCCGUCAUGGGAGCGCUGGUCUUUGCCGACUGCGACGAGUUGCCCACGUGGGAUGCCAACACACAGCAGUACAAUGGAGUCGGCUCGCAACUCGGCUGUCAACCUGUGACGAAUACCCCCGUGAACAUCGACCACAUCACCGUUAAAGAGUACGUCGAGACGGUGUUCAACCUCAAGCACGACGACAUCUGGCGCAACUUCGGCAUCGUGUUCGUCUUCAUCGCCGUCUUCCGCGUACUCGCGCUGCUGUCACUGCGAUUUAUCAAUCACCAGAAGAGAUAA